AUUUACUUUGCUUAUCAUGUGAUUUAUAACUAUCUUGCAUUUUUGCACAUCUGCUUUCGAGUAUGUUGUCUUUGGUUUGUAGUUCUGAUUCUUAUGGUUAGUUUGGCCACAUAGUGGGGUCUUCUGUUUUAAAAAAAUUAUCUUUAAUUGAGUUUUAUUACCGUAAACCCGUUAACGUGAAUAAAGAUCACAUAAUAUGUUUCACUAGGAGAAAACGGAGUAUUAUUCCACGUCUGCUAAGCACUAUGAAUAUAUUUCAGCAAAAAAGAUUGAUGAUUGCCCAUCUGAAAGUUGUUUUAUUUUUCUGUUUUCUUUAUUUUAUCCUUUAAGGAAUAAUCUUUGUUGCAUAUGUAAUAUUCAUCCUUUUUUCAAUAUAAUGCUAAAGUAUUGGACAUUUCUUUUUCUUGCUUACUGUAUUGCCAUUUUAUGGUUUUGGGUUGACCUAGUAUCUGUUUUGGCAGCAUGGAUACAAGGGUGCUCUUGGUUCUUUUUAUGCUGAGCACAUGCUGGUGCUGCAAUGCUAGAGAUCUGGAAACAGCUAAUCACUUCACUGUGGGACGGGUAAUUACUUCAGCCGCACAGACAAAUAAUAAGCUGCUUGAGGGAGAAGCUCAAUACAUGGAUGACGUUACCAAGAAUGAAAAACCGUGCACAUUAUGUGAAGAAUUUGCUACUGAGGCUCUUAAUUACCUUUCAGAGAACAAAACUCAAACAGAGAUUAUUGGCAUCCUUAAUAAAUCCUGCUUUAGGAUCCCAACAUUCAAGAAACAGUGCAUUACUUUGAUGGACUAUUAUGUCCCACUCUUUUUCUUAGAGGUUUCUUCAAUGCAACCAGGAGAAUUCUGUCGGAAGGUUGACCUUUGCGAAAAAGUAGUUUCCAUUUCUCAGCAUCUUGUUAACGAUAAAUGUAAUUUGUGCCAUCAAGCUGUCACAGAGGCCUUAAUGAAGUUGAAGGACCCCCACACACAGUGUAAGAGACAGGUUUUCAAGUAUGCCCCUGCUAUCCUUGUCAAUGCCGAGCAGUUUUUGGAAACAAACGAUGUAUGUAAAAUGUUGCGUGCUUGUAAUCCUGCUGCAAUAAGUACGGAGCAAGCAAUGUUAAGGACAGGAGCAUCCAUGGUUGCUGCAUCUUAAGGAAGUGAUCUAAACCAGGAUGGUGAUGUUGCCAAGUAAGAAUGAAACGUUAUUUCAUUUCUACUUUGUUCGAUAAAUGGAGAUCACUGUUUGGUUUGAUGUAAAUAAUAUUCUUAUGAUGUGUUAAUAGUUUUUAGUGACAAGAUAAUCUUUUCAUCUUUAAAAUCACUGUAUCAGCCUAUCAGGUUCUAUGAAGUGAUAUACUUUUUAUCCACAAGUUAUGUAGAAUAACAAUUAAUGUUAUUAACGUAUUUUGUAGAA